UCAAAAAUCCUUCAAACGAAAAAAAAACGCCGUUCUACCUUCUUUUCUCGGAAGAAAAGAUUGCUAAAAAUUUAUCAAAAAUUAAGUUAAAUUCAAUUUUAUUUAACCAAAAACAAUGGGUGACGCAGAUCUUGAAGCUAUCCGCCAACAAAGAAUGGCUCAACUUCAAUCGCAAUAUGGUGGCGGUGGCAAUGACCCAGAGAAACAGAAGCAACAACAAGAACAAAUGCGCCAGCAAGAAGACAUGAAGAAUUCCAUACUCUCUCAGGUUUUAGAUCAACAAGCCCGAGCUAGAUUAAACACCCUCAAAAUAAGUAAACCAGAGAAAGCUCAAAUCUUUGAGAACAUGGUAAUCCGUAUGGCACAGAUGGGUCAAAUAAUGGGCAAGCUUGAUGAUGAACAGUUUAAGUCGAUUCUGGAAAAAGUCAAUUCCCAGAUGCCGCAAAGUACGUCCACAGUCAAAUAUGAUCGUCGAAGAGCUGCCAUCGAUUCUGAUGAAGAUGAUGAUGAUUACGGAUGCUGAUUGCUGGUGAAUCGAAUGACUCAUAAGGUCUGCAAAGAACUAUUGCUAGGAAGGAGGAAAAAAAAUCGGCUUCUUUUUCUUUUUUUCUUUUUAAGUAACAGGCCAUUUUUUAGAUAUUUUUCAAAAUAAUUUAAUAAUUCUUUUUAACUUAUAACACGACAGAAAAAAAAAAAAAACACAUUUAUGUAGAAGUAAACUGAAAGAAACUCAGGAGAUAAAUAAAAUCUAUCUUUCAUACUUAAA